AUGAAGCUGAGCUUGUCCCUUUAUGCUAUCCAAAACAUGUUUGAAUAUGUGGUUGUUCGGUCAGAUAAGAGGGACUAUCUUGUCAAGUGUUCACAUGACGAGUGUGAUUGGAUCUGUAGAGCAUCUAGGAUGGCUAGAAUGGACUUGUUUAAAAUUAGGCAUAUUGUAGAAGGUCACAGAUGUGCUUCUAACAUUGUACUUGGUUCUCAUAGGCAAGCAACAAAAGCACUCGUGUUGCACUGCAUAAAAUAUAAGUACACAUCGUCACGCACUCUGUAUAUCCCAAAUGAUAUACGUAAUGACGUGUUGCAUACGUAUGGACUGUCGUUGAAUUAUGUGAAAGCGUGGAGGUCUUGGGAGGAAACUUUGAAACUGAUUAGGGGUGAUCCAGCAGAUUCUUUUAAUAAUAUACCAAGAUUCUUUGCCAUGUUGCAACAUAUAAAUCCUGGAAUGGUCACAGAUCUGGAGCUUGAUGGUCACAGAAGGUUCAAAUAUUGCUUCAUGGCGCUAGGCGCAUCAAUUCGAGGUUGGGGACAUUGUAGGUCAGCUGUUGUGGUUGAUGGCACGUACUUAAAUGGACACUAUGGUGGGACGUUAUUUACUGCAUGUACACAGGAUGCAAAUAAUAGCAUAUACAUAUUUGCUUUCGGGAUUGGGGAUAGUGAGAAUGAUGCCUCGUGGACAUGGUUCUUCAAAAAUUUGAGGAAGGCGUACGGCUAUAGAGAAGGGUUGUGCUUCGUAUCGGAUCGCCAUAAUAGCAUAAAAAAUGCUAUUGAGAAGUCACGUUAUGGAAAAUCGGGUAAAAAUAUACCGCAAACAUUGAAUUCAGCUGUUCAUGCCUAUACGUUGUCAGAAUACGAAUAUAACAUGCAACAGCUCGACGCGAUUAAUGGAAAGAUAAGGGGUUACAUGGACGGUGUUGAACCCGCUAAAUGGUCACGAUUCCACAUGCCAACGAAUCGAUAUUCUACAAUGACAUCGAAUAUAGUAGAGUCGGUUAAUGCCGUCACAAAAUCUGCCAAGAACUAUCCCAUUGUAACUUUGUUGGAGUCAUUGCGACAAACCAUACAGUCGUGGUUUUGUAGACAUCGGGAAUCCAUGCAAGUCAUUUUCACAACCUUGUCAAGCAAGUAUGAGAAACAAAUGGGGGAAAUGAGCACGGAUAUGAGAAACUUGAGGGUUGUGCAUAUUAAUCAGGCAAUGUUCUCAGCCAGCUGUGAAAAUUUAACUUUUUUUGUUGAUAUAGAAGGACGUACAUGCACGUGUAGGAUGCAUCAAGUUGAUCAACUACCAUGUCCACACGCUCUGGCUGUGAUUGCAAGUGUGAAGAUGGAUCCAUAUGAGUUUUGUUCAUAUUGUUACACGAGAGAAGCAUACAAGAGUACUUACAACGAAACUUUUUUCCCUGUAGGAAAUCCAAAUGAAUGGAUAGUGUCCAAAGACUUUGAGAACAUAGUCGUGUUACCACCUAAUCAAAAGCGAAGUUGCGGAAGGCCUACUGAGAAGAGGUUUAGAUCUGCAGUUGAAGAUAACAUGCCUGUCAAAUGCGGUCGUUGCAGUGAAAGUGGUCACAAUUGCAGAACUUGUAGCAGUUUGGUUCCAUUAAUGCGAACUUUCACCGAGGGGGGGGGUUGUUACAUUCACUUCAUAAUAAACGAGUUUGGGGUGUCACUGGUGACCUUUUAUGUGAAAUGUGACCCGUACUGUGACCCAUUGGCAAGGACUGUGCAUAAGGAUUUGGAACAUGUGUUCAUCUGCUAUGACUUGUUUCCAGUUGUCAGUGAUAUGAACAACGUACAUCAAACUGUGACUUGGUCGGUGACUUCUUCUGUGACCUGUUUACAGUUGCCUGUGACCUUUGCAGUGAACUAUGGUUGUGCACAAAGAAUAUUAUACUGA